AUGUCCGGCCGGCGCCGACUCAUCUCGAGCUCAAAGCGCGCCGGUGGCUCUUCAGCUCCUGCUACCCAGGCAUCCGGGGCCUUGGGAGGAUUGCCGCCGUACGAACCGCCAUCCUGUGCUCUGGACGAAAACGCGAAGCGUGCGCUCGCCGAGAUCUCCACCAAUCGCGACCUUACGAGAAAGUACGAGUCGCACCUGAAACAAUCUGCAUCACUAUUGCGCGACAGCGUUGGCGGCAUCAACGACCGGCUUUACGAGAGGCGGGAGGAGGUGCAAGCUCUUGCUGCGCGCCGUCUAGAGAAACAGCAGGAUACCAAGUCCCAUCAAGAGGAAAGGGCUGAGCAGGCCGCGGUCAAGUUGGAGGCCGAAGUUCCCGAUCUGACCAAAGAGAUCGAGUCUGCCGUCCGGGAGAUCAUCGACCACCGCUGCGAGCUCGAUGACGAGAAUGCGGCAAUCUCGUCGAUGCUUGAUCACAUCCGAUCGGUCCAGCCUCUGCAAGAAAACCAGGAGUCGAGACGUACUCGCCGAGCGGCAGCCGCAGAAGAUGCUGUAGAUGGCGACGAUGUUACAAUGCAUGAGGCCCAAGAAGACGUGCCACUUCUAAGCGCUGCGGACCUACUACGAACGGCCAAGAAGACCAAAGUUGCCGAGUACAAUAAACUGAGUGCUUACGAGAAGUACAGUCUGAACAACGACUACAUCGCCUUCAAAAAGACGUGGCAUGAUGCCGAAAACCCAGACAACGACGUCCCUCUCCCAGAUGCUUCUGCCUGGUUUGACCGGCAAGGACGGCCAGUCAUAUCUGCCCAGGCCGAUCAGGAUGGAAGCCUCUCCGCCAAUGAGGAAGAUGAAGACCUGGUAGUGGCACGCGAAGUCAUCAGCUUCCAGUGCCCCCUGUCUCUGGUCACCAUGACUGAGCCGUAUAGCAACGACAAAUGUAAACAUACAUUUGAGAAGUCGGCUAUCCUCGAGUUUCUGCGCAGUGGCCCUCAGCAGUGCCCUCAAACCGGAUGUGCUACGGAUAUGUACUUGGACAAGGUUAUGCUCCGCAAGAUCAAACGCACACAACAAGCCGCCCGGAGAGGCAUCGGAGAUACCUCGGACAUUGAGCCUGAGGAAGAUGACGGCGAUGCUAGUAUGGUCGCUGGCGAGGCUCGUGAUAUCAAAAAAGAACGUGUCAUCCGGAAUAGAAGGCGGGUUGCAGAAGACGUGGAGGAAGACUAG